CUAAACUGAUGCACAACCCUAGCGAUCUUCUUCGGUCGACUUCUGUCUAGCUCCCCCACCUCCCCCCCAAAAAAAAUCUUAGACAUUUCAACCCUCAACCACCCCACUCCCGGCAGAAAGUAACAUCCCGCCGGUUGGUUGGAGUUUAAUAAACAGCAAAGAGUGAGCCAGCAACUGCCCCGAAGGUGUUCUCCGGGUUCCAGCGGGAAAUCCAGCUUCCCUCUACGCAAUGUCCAAGCGAAGCUCCAAUGUCAAAUCUAUCCAGGCCAACAUCAAUAUCCCCAUGGGCGCCUUCCUGCCCGGAGCUGGACAUCCCAGCAAAAGAAAAGAGUCUACCUCACAACCUGAUGAGGGGACAUGCAUUAAAUCAGAGGAUAAAAAAGAACUGCCUGGAGCAGUGAAGUUACCAGGACCAGCCGUCAACCUCAAGCAGCUUCAGAAUGCCAAGAGUGAGCUGAAAUUUGUCCCCAAGUUUGAGUAAAAGUGAGAUGGGUUCAGAUUCAGAAAUGUCUAUAUCACUGACUUUCACUUUGAGCCACCUCUGCUCCUGCAGGAUAGCAAUGGGCAUCUCCUAUGGCCCAACAAUUUAUACAGGUCUACCGGCAUUGUUAGAAUAAAUGAACCAAUUGUGUAAUGGUUGUAUAAUGAACCUUUGCUACUGAUACUUCUGUUACUGUAAAAUCAAUAUUUGCCUGCCAAUUGUACUGUUUUCUGAAAAAUGUAAGUAUAAAAUAUUGUUUUAUAAAGCAACUGAAAUGUAUUAAACCAUAAAUCUUCUAAAUUCAAAGCUUCACUGUUGGAUAAAGCAUGUAUUAUUAGAACGCAUGGUGUUAAAUAAGUGAAUGUUUUAAUUAAAGAUGUUGAAAAAUUA